CCUUAUACAUUCUUAAAUAUCCAUUGAUAAAGAAACGACAUGCAAUCUUUUUAUCUUCAAUUUCAUUAAGAUAAUAAAUGAUAAAAUAAUGAAAAGAAUCAUUCAAUUGCUGAUAAGUACGAAUGCUAACGAUACUAACGCCAUCAACGCGGAAAGAUAUUAUUAUUAAGCAUAUGUUAAGUUUUGUUUGUAUUCGUACUCGACACUGUUUUGUAGUUUUUUUUUCACUUUUCAUAAAUAAUGGAUACACGAGACCGGAUUUUAUAUAUGAUAACAAAUACAUAAAAUUUGGAUUUUUUGAAUUACGUAAAACACUCGUUAUAAAAGAAUUAUUUAAAAAUAUUACGGAGAAGUGCGCGCACGGAAUGCAUUUAUCUAUCAUUUUAUAACCAUUGUAUUUUGUAGGAUGUAAAAAAUUAAUAUAACGUUUUUAUAAUUAUUUUAUAAUAUUUAAAUCAUGUCUAGCAAAUUAGAAUCUGUUACUAAAACAAAACGUGAACGACAGAGAAAUCGACAUUGUAAAAAGAAAAUAAAUGAAGAAAAAUAUGAAAAUAUUGAACCAAUUUUGUCAGAUUUCUUUAAAUUGUCUAUACAAAAUGAAACAAAGCGUUUAAAAAGGAAAAAAAACUUUAUAAAAUUUAUUCAAGAUAACAGUACAAAAAAAUUUCCACAAAAUGUGACCAAAUCAUGUAUUUCUGUUGCGGAUGAACAAAAUAGAGCGAGGAAAAUGAAUAAAAAAAAUAUAAACAUAAAAUCAAAUGUUUAUCCAUCUUUACAGAAAGAAUCUGAAAAACUUUUUAUAGAAAAGGUAAAACCACAACCAAGAAAAAGACAUAUAACUCCAAGUGAAAAGGAAAUUAAUGAUAAGAUAAAACAAGAAAAGGAUACAUUGAUACCUAUAAAAUGCAAUAUGUUAUCACAAAAUGGAAAAGCUUCAUCAAGUAAUUUGUGUGAACAAAAACAAGAAUCUAUAAAAAAAUUGCAGAAAUUUGUAAAACCUAUAAAAUUAGAAGACAAAUUCCAAAAGUUUAUACCAAUUACUGAAAUGAAAAAAUUAUUAAAAUCACAAGACCCAACAAAUUUGAAAUACGUAGAAGGUUCUUUGCGUAUUAACUCCACAUUUGGUACACAUGCUUACAUAAAUAUGCCUAAUGGAGAAAAUGAUUUAUUAAUUAUUGGUCCAUGUGAUAGAAACCGUGCUUUUGAUGGAGACUUAGUAGUAGCUAGAAUAAAUGAAGAAGAAAAAUGGCACAAAGGUACUAAUGAACAAAAACAAAAGACUGGUACAAUUGUUUGUAUAUUAGAAAGAAUACACCCAAGGAAAGCGGUUGGAAUUUUAAAGCAAUCCGAUUCAAUAGUAUUACUACAACCAAGAGAUAUCAGAAUGCCAAUGAUUAAAAUACAUUUAAAUACACUACCAGAAAUUUAUAAUACUAAGCCAUCUUUAUUCAAAGAAAUUUUAUUUCUUGUUAAGAUUACUGCUUGGAAAAAGCCAUCAUAUGCUAUUGGGAAAAUUGAACAUAUACUUGGCACUGCAGGUGAUAUGGAAGUAGAACUUAAUGCUAUAUUACUUGAAAAUGAUAUAAACAUAGAGCCUUUCAAUAAGGAAUUAUUGAAAGAAUUACCAUCUGCAGAAAAUAUUUUGACUUCAAUGGACAUUAACGAAAGAGAAGAUUGGAGGAAUGUUUGUAUAUUCACUAUUGAUCCUGCGACUGCAGUUGAUUUAGAUGAUGCUGUUUCUUGUACAGUUUUAAAAAAUGGAAACUAUGAGGUAGGAGUACAUAUUUCAGAUGUAACCCAUUAUUUAAAAUAUUCUUCUCCAUUGGAUAUGGAAGUUGCUAAACGUGCUACAACAGUAUAUUUAGUUAAUCAAGUUUAUCACAUGAUGCCACAGGAAUUAUGUAAAUUGUGUUCUCUUUUACCUGGUCAAAACAAAUUAACCUUUUCUGUUAUUUGGGAAAUAACACCUGAUGCCCAAAUCGUAAAACAUCAUUUUGCAAAAACUAUAAUUAAUUCGUGUUGUCAAAUGACAUAUAAACAAGCUCAAAACAUAAUUGACAAUCCUGAAUAUCCUAAUAUUGACGAUACAUUAGAUAUAAAGGGAAAUUUUACAUUAUCUCAAAUCUGUGAAGUGAUUAAAAAUUUAUAUAAUUUAUCUGAACAAAUGAGAAUUAGAAGAUAUGCAAAUGGUGCUCUUAAAAUAGAUCAACCAAAAUUACAUAUUUCAUUUAAUGAAACAUCUGGAUUACCUACAUCUUAUGAUAUUUUGGAAAAUAUAGACAGCAACAGGCUUAUAGAAGAAUUCAUGUUAUUAGCUAAUAUAACUGUUGCAACUCACUUAUAUAAAACAAUGCCUGAAUAUGCUUUGCUGAGAAGCCAUAGUUAUCCUUCCGAACGUUUUCUGACUUUAACUCGAAAUCUUCUUCAAAGGUUUGGAAUACACUUAGAUAUUGCAUCUUCUGGAGAUUUAUAUAGUAGUAUUAAACGCUAUGAAUCGUGCAUAGAAUUGGAAUCUGAAGCAUAUAUGUAUUUAACAAGAUAUAGAUUGAUGGUUAUUAAUAAUCUUUGUUUGAAAGCAAUGACACGUGCUAAAUAUCGUUCAUCUAAAGUUACGCAAGUAGAUGAUUUACGGCAUUAUGCACUAAAUAUACCAUAUUAUACUCAUUUUACUUCUCCUAUUCGAAGAUAUCCUGAUUGUGUUGUUCAUCGAUUACUUCAUUCUACUAUAUCUUUAAAUGUAGAACUAGCUCAAAAUUGGAGUUCUGAAUUAUGUUCUAAAAUAGCAAAAAACUGUAAUUGGCGCAAAUAUUACGCAAAACGUGCCGAGGAACAAGUUAGAGAAUUAUAUUUUACAUGUUUAAUAAAUAUAAUAGGAUCAAUGACUGUUAUUGGUAUUGUAUUGGAUGUCAAACAAUAUUAUAUAGAAGCUAUUCUAUGCGAUACUGGAAUUAAAGUAAAAGUGGAAUUAAAGGAAAUAAAAAAUAGAACAAUAAUUGAAUAUAAAAUUGAACAUUCAGUUCCAAUAUUAACUAUAACUUGGAAAGAAUCUUAUAUUACUCAGGUAAUAACUACUUUUUCAAUAGUACAUUUAAAAAUCAAUAAACAUCCUAAUUAUUAUCGAUUAAAUACUAUACUUUUAGAACCAAUCAAAAAUCUUAACUGUUAAAUGGGUAUAAUAUAUUUAAUUUUUAUAUGUAUAAUGUAUUUGUAAAUAAGCAGAUGUUUUUAUACAAGAAACUUUGAACUAUACAUUUAAAAUAUCAUUUUAUGUUAUUAACAAGAAAAAAAUCGAUUCACUUUUAAAAUGUUAUAAAAAAACCUAUAAUUAUUUAAAUUUGA